CUAGCCUCAACUUAUCAGUCGUUAAUCUAACCAUCCGAUGGCUGCAGACCCUUCGCAGUACACCAGUGGGGGUUCUCUUUCACUAUGCCAUCAUAAAGGGAAGAAGACCCUCGUUGCCUGUGACCAGUGCCAUCGCCAUAAGCUCAAAUGCUCGCCUCGAUCCCAAGGAUGCGCCCGCUGUCAUCGAUUAGGGAUACAGUGCACUUCCAGUCGCCCGAUUAAGAGACGCGGAAGGCGACCAACUAGACAAACGCCCCCACUUAUACCUCCUCAACUAUCGGAACAUCCAUUGAUGCACCUGAUUAUCCUGUAUUGGACUGUCUUUGCGAUCUGCAGAUUUUGACGUCGGAACAAGCCACGCCCAGCACUUCCCCGCUUCAACUUUCACGUUUCGAGGCCUGUCGUCUGUUGGAGCACUUCUAUGCUUCACCCAACCAAGAAUU